AUGACCGAGAACAUUGCUGGAGAGAUCAAAAAUCCCCUCGCCGGUAUCCCCCACGACCAGCUGAUGGCCAACGUGACGGCCUAUGCUACCGAAUACGACCUUGAACAUAUCCUGCCCCUUCUCAAGAAAGGUGCUCUGGUUGCACAAUCACCUGCAGGAAUCGAUGGUCUCGCUGAGCUUGAUGAUAACGAUCGCCGCAUCAUCAACGAAGAGCAAACUCACCGCUGGAAGCAUCCGUUUGCACUGUACUACACCAUCAUUUUGAAUUCGAUCGCGGCUGCUAUUCAAGGCUGGGACCAGACUGGCUCAAACGGCGCCAAUCUGACCUUCGAUGUCCAAUUUGGCAUUCCCAACAGCGGUUGCUCUGAUGCAGCAGUCUGCAAGCGUAACCAGUGGAUCGUCGGGUUCAUCAAUGCGACUCCUUACAUCACCAUCUGUCUCUUUGUUGCUUGGCUUUCUGAUCCUUUGAACCAUAUCCUCGGCCGCCGGGGCACGAUCUUCCUGGCUGCAAUCUUUAGUCUUGUCGCGCCCCUCGGCUCCGGAUUCACGCAGCAUUGGGGUCAGCUGGUUGCUUGUCGUGUGCUUCUCGGGAUUGGUAUGGGGCUGAAAGAAGUGACAGUCCCUGUGUACUCCGCCGGUAGGUCAUCCAAAGCCCCACAAGACCCCUAUAUCAUUCAACCUGCAGAAUCGAAGCUAAUGAUACCAGAAAAUGCACCAACCAACAUUCGAGGAGGUCUGGUCAUGUCAUGGCAGCUCUGGACAGCCUUUGGAAUUUUCCUGGGAACUUGCGCUAAUCUUGUUGUUGCCAACACCGGUGAUAUCGCGUGGAGGCUGCAACUUGGAUCUGCCUUCAUCCCUGCAGUCCCACUAAUUCUUGGAAUUUGGUUUUGUCCUGAAUCUCCCCGUUGGCUGAUGACCAAGCGCAAUCACAAGAAGGCAUACGCAUCUCUACUCAAGCUGCGAAACAGCCCUCUGCAGGCUGCCAGAGACCUGUAUCGUAUUCAUGCCCAAUUGGAGAUGGAAAAGCAGCUAAUCAACGAGGCUGGAUUCUCUGAGAGCGAUAACAUGUUUGUUCGCUUUGUGGAGCUUUUCACCGUGCCCCGUCUUCGGCGCGCGGUGCAGGCCUCUGGAAUCGUGAUGAUCGCUCAGCAGAUGUGUGGAAUCAACAUCAUCUCAUUUUACUCCUCCACCAUCUUCCAACUGGCUGGUGCUUCCAACAUUGAGGCUCUCCUCGCCUCCUUUGGAUUCGGACUUAUCAACUUCAUCUUUGCCUGGCCUGCUGUGUGGACAAUCGAUACAUUCGGAAGACGCGGCCUGUUGCUUUUCACGUUCCCUCAGAUGUGCUGGACACUCCUGGCAGCUGGGUUCUGCUUCUGGAUUCCCACAAGCAGCAAUGCACACAUUGGAAUGAUCGCAUUCUUCGUGUAUCUCUUUGAUGCAUUUUACUCCCCAGGAGAAGGCCCUGUCCCAUUCACCUAUUCUGCAGAGGUCUUUCCUCUUUCCCACCGAGAAGUGGGAAUGGCCUGGGCCGUUGCCACGAACAACUUCUGGGCCUCGGUUCUCUCGCUGACAUUCCCCUACAUGCUGCGUGCAUUCACCCCACAGGGUGCAUUCGGGUUCUAUGCAUGCUUGAACCUGGUUGCCUUUGUUCUCAUCUUCUUGUUCAUGCCCGAGACUAUGCAGCGUUCCCUCGAGGAAUUGGACUAUGUCUUCGGUGUGCCGACUCGAACCCACGCCAAGUAUCAGCUCACCCAGGUCCUUCCAUGGUGGAUCAAGCGAUACAUCUUCAGGCGCAAGGACGCUGUCUGUCCCAAGCUCUAUCAGAUUGCAGACUAUGCCCCCGACGCAACCUUUGAGCUUUCGACUCGACCUGAGAAGAACAACAAGACUGAAGAGGCCGAAGCUCAUGCGGAGGUUGUUUGA